AUGCCCAAGCACAAUUUUGCAAUGUUGACCUGUGUUAGUAAAACCGUACAUAUCAUCAGAACUACUUUGUACAUCUGGGUGAAUUAUACCGCGCUUUUUUCAGGACAAAUUGGACUUCCAUUUGGUGGUAAAUGGUCCCGAUAGUUAGAACGGGACCCGGUGCUCUCAGUAAAACCACUGAUAUGCGGCCCCACGGAAAAAAGCCCAGUCUAGUGAGGCCGCAUAUUUGUGUUACAUCGGCGUCAAGGGGUUAAUGUUGCAGCACAAAUGACCAGACUAGAGCAAUGUUCUUUCACUUAUUUUCAGGUAACAAGUA